AUGAUAGGAUGGCUUCUGAUCGCCAGCAUCAUGACUGCUGCACUGAUUUUGACAUGUGUCAGCCGCUGUUGUUCCCCAGUUAGCUAUCUUCAGCUCAAGUUCUGGAAAAUUUACUCAGAGAAGGAACAGGAGCUCUUUGAGAUCAAGGCUAAAGAGCAUGCAACCAGGCUGGCAGAGAGGAAUGUGAACUGCUUUUUUGAAGCCACUGACUCAGCACCGUUUCAGACUCCCAGCAAUGAAGACUGGCAGAAGAUUUCAUGCUUGUAUACCUUUGAUUCACGAGAGCAGUAUUACAGCAUGUUACACAAGUACGUUAACACAAACCGAGGCGAGAGCGGCCGAUUCGGGGAAGGAGAUCAGAAUCCCCCUGUUUUAGGAUUUGUGGAUGAAGCAAGCGCAAGCGAAUCAGGGUUUUAA